AUGGCAACCCAACCGCAGAUCCGUCGAGCUCUGCGCGCUGACGUUCAUGAGAUCGCGGCUAUGAUCCAAGAGCUCGCGGAUUUUGAGAAGGAGUCGGACUCUAACAAGGCCACAGCGGAGAAGCUACUGGAGACCGUCAACUUCGCCGACGACGCUCCCCCCGAGCACAUUCCAGGCUUCCCGUUGACGAGUGCUCCGAGUCGCAAAGUGGCUCACUGCUUCGUGCUGACGAUCGGCGAGCAAGUCGCAGGUAUGGCGUUGUUUUUCUACAACUACAGCACGUGGCUCGCAUCUCCAGGCGUGUACCUUGAAGAUCUGUACGUGCGACCAGAAUUCCGUCGUCGUGGACUGGCGACGCUCUUGUUCGGUGCAUUGGCAGAGGAAACCCAACGUAUCAGUGAAGGAAAGGGGCGGUUGGAAUGGUGGUGUCUGCGCUGGAACGAAGGCGCGCUCAAGUUUUAUGAGCGUAUUGGUGGCGCGCGCAUGGAGGAGUGGGUCAGUAUCCGCGUGGCUGGCGGAGACAAGCUGGAACACUUGAAAAAACUCGCCGACGAGGUUCGAGCCAACAGCAAGUAA